AUCCAGUGCUCCCUCUCUCUCUCUCUGUCCCUCUCUCCUCCAUCAGCACUGCAGGAUGAUGAUGAUGAUGUCUGGUGAUUAAUACAGAACUCCAGGUCCAGUGGGGAGAGUACGGAGCCGUUAGUAGAGUGGGUGUGUACGUGACCCCGGCCACAUGAUGAUGAUGAAAGGCCUUUCCAGCAGCCGCAGCCACCACCACAUGGUGGCGUGCGAGCCUUCGUAUGACCCUAUGGGUCACCACGGUGAUCGCAAGCCCUACCUCAUCAGCCAGAUCGAGGCUCCGCCUCCUCCUGAUCAUCCGUAUUACUCGUCGCGAAGCUCUUACCAGCCGGACUGUGUGGUGCCUUAUGGGACCUUCCCGCGACGCCACUACAGCACGAGCCAUGAGACUAAGGACGAGUGUGCCGUCGUGCCCUACACAGGUGGAAUGGCGCCUGCGGGAAAAUGCCAGCGAGUGCCAGUUAACCUGAUGGAACAUCUGGAUCGGCAGCUUCCGAUGGCACGGGAUGGCUAUCACACGUUGCAGUAUAAACGCGCAGCGGCUGCUGCGGCUGCUUUAGAGCAGCGUAACGACAGUCCUGGACGUAUCCGGCACCUGGUGCACUCGGUGCAGAAGCUUUUUACCAAGUCACACUCGUUAGAGGGGCCUCACCACGGUGGACAUGGCCACGGACACAGUAAGAGUAGUAUGAAUGGAAGCAAAGCAAGUCCUGAGGGGGAGAACACGCCGGCACCAACACCACGGCAGCGCAAACGGAGCAAGAGCCGCGAGCGCUGCAAAUCGGCCGAGCCCAAGCAGCGGACGCCGCCCUCAGGAUACUGGAGCUCGGACGAGCUGGAGCGGGACGUCUGCCCUCUGCGCCAUGCCGCGCCAGGCAUCAUGACCGUGGGUCGUCACCCGGAGCGGGCGCAGUCUCAGUACUUCCUGGAGGCGUGCGGAGCAGAGCCGACACUGAAGAACUCGCGCAGCAGCAGCGAUGUGGCCAAGUGCACAACCUGCGCCAUCCCGGCACCAGGCACGGACGUGGCACAGCUGGGGAAGAAAAGUGCAUGGUCGUCCUCUCUCACGGUGAGCAGGGCACGCCAGGUGUACCAGCAGGCCGCUGUAAAUCUAGAUAAGGCGCUAGUGAAAGCAGAGGCUUGUCAGCAGGAGCGCACAUGCCAAUUCUUGCAGGUGCCUCAGGACGAGUGGGGGGGUUUCCCCAUAGGGAAGGAAGAGGACAUCCCGUGCAGACGCAUGCGCAGCGGCAGUUACGUGAAAGCCAUGGCCGAGGACGACAGCGGCGACUCGGAUGGAAGCCCCAAACCGUCGCCCAAGAUGCAGGCGAGACGAGCCAGCUACCUCAAAGCCACGCAGCCAUCACUCACCGAGAUGACCACGCUCAAUAUUUCUACAGAACACUCUCCGAAGCUGCAGAUCAGGAGUCACAGCUAUCUUCGAGCCGUCAGCGAGGUUUCCAUCAACAGAAGUAUGGAGAGCCUGGAUCCUAAAGCUCUUCUCGCCUCACCUCAAUACCGCUCACGCAACGAGAGCUACAUGAGAGCUAUGAGCACUAUUAGCCAGGUGAGUGAGGUGGAGGUGAACGGUCAGAUCGAGGCGGUGUGUGAAAGCGUCUUCAGCGAGAUGGAGUCUCAGGCGGUCGACGCCCUGGACUUGCCCGUUCCCGGAUGUUUCCGGAUGAGGAGUCACAGCUACGUACGCGCCAUCGAUCAGGGCUGCUCGCAGGACGAGGACGGACCGUUACUGCCCGCGUCACCACCGCGGACAACCACCACGGUCCGGACCAUUCAGAGCAGCACAGUGUCGUCGUGCAUCACCACCUAUAAGAAGACGCCGCCACCGGUGCCUCCGCGCUCCUCCACCAAGCCCUUCAUCAGCAUCACAGCUCAGAGCAGCACCGAGUCGGCGCAGGACGCCUACAUGGAUGGCCCGGGUCAUCGCCAUGGCGACACGACACUGCACUCGGCCCUCAGUAACUCCACGGAGAGCAUCGACAGCAUGAAGGCUCUGACGGCCGCCAUCGAGGCGGCGAACGCGCAGGUCCACGGCCCGGCUAGCCAACACGUCAGCUCCAGCAACAUGGCCUGCCCCUCCUCGCCCCUGCCCCUGCCCCUUUCCUCGCCUUUCCCCCAGCCCCUCCCUGUCCCCAUCCCCAUCCCUGUACAGGUCCCUGCACUGGAGGACUCGCACCACAGAGAAGCUCUCCGCAAGGGCCGGUGUCUCUCCAUCGGCAUACAGGUGGAUGGCCCUGAAGAUCAAGAGGCAGAGGACCAGUCGAAGUUUCAGUCAGUAGGCAUUCAAGUUGAGGACGAGAGAAGCAGUCAUCGCCGGAUCAUGCGCUCUAACAGCGUGACGACGGCGGUGCAGGCCGACCUGGACAUGCCCGAUUUCUCUCCGACCGACUCUCCGGACGCAGACAUCACCUUCUCUCGGGACGCCACCGCCUCCACGGUGAGCAUCCAGGGCUCGGGGAACCACUAUCACGCCUGCGCCUCAGACGACUACGCCUCUGUGGGCUUCGACCCGUCCGUGCUACCUCCUCCCGAGCCGUGGGUGGACAGCGGCAUCCCAGAGGACCCGCUUCAGAGUGCGCGGAACCGCUCGGUCUGCCAGCGUGAUGGACGCUGGUUCCUCAAACUGCUGCAGGCCGAAGCUGAACGCAUGGAGGGCUGGUGCAGGCAGAUGGAGCAGGAGGAGCGGCACAACGAUCUGCCCGAUGACAUUCUAGGGAAGAUCCGCAGUGCAGUAGGCAGUGCCCAGCUUCUCAUGUCUCAGAAGUUCCAGCAGUUUCGAGAGCUGUGUGAGGAGAACCUGCAGAACCCAAAUGCUCACCCGCGGCCCGUGGCUCAGGACCUGGCCGGAUUCUGGGACAUGCUGCAGCUCUCCAUCGAGAACAUCAGCCUGAAGUUUGAUGAGCUGCACCAGCUCAAGGCCAACAACUGGAGACCGCUUGACCCACCCGAAAGAAAGGAGAGGAGGUUGCCUCCCCCUGUGCCAAAGAAACCGGUGAAGUGCCAUCCUCCGCUGGCGCGAGAUCGCUCUCUCGAGAGCUCGGAGAAACAGCGGCAGGAGGCUCGCAAACGCUUAAUGGCAGCCAAGAGAGCUGCGUCCGUGCGCCAGAACUCAGCCACCGAGAGUGCAGACAGCAUCGAGAUCUACAUCCCCGAGGCACAGACCAGACUCUAAACACCUACUCACUAACACACCACGUACAUCACACACAUCUCACACACACAUACACACUAUACUGCACUCUCGCACAUUACUAAUGAAAGCACAAACACACCAGCCUGGUCCGUUUCAGAGGGAUGAGCGCCAAUACAUAUAAACACACACACACACGCAGAAACACACCACACGUCAUAACGUUUUCUUGGAUAUCAUUCCAUCUGUAAUCACACUUCCGACAAUAUAAAUUUCCUGGAGGAAAAAAAAAAAACUUCAUCAGUACUGUGGGCGUGGCCACCCACUGACCCAGAGUCAGAGUUAACGCCCUCUUUAUUUAACUUUUCAUACUUUUUUCUUUUUCAAUCAUUUCCAGAGAAUACUUGAAAUCUGGUUUAACAUGAUUUAAUCCUGAAUUGAGCUCUAUUCACUUUACAUGCUCACUACAUAGGGGUUAACAUAAUAGCAUCGUGCACUAGAUAUGCACCAGAAAUCUGAUUGAGUUUCAGCCACAAAUAAACGGCAAUUAAAAAAAAAAAAGUUGCAUUGAUUAAAAUAAAGCCAUUCUUUUUUACACAACAAUUGUUAUGAUAAAAAGUUCAGUGUUAAUGUAAGAAUAUCACUAGGUUUAGCAACAGAAACCAGAUCAUGGGUUACUAAUCAUUCAAAUGAUAUUUUUUUAAUAUAAACAUACAAAUCUAUUUAAUUCUUAUUAUCGUACACAAUAAAAAUGAUUCUGAUGUAAACAA